AUGGCUGUCAAGAUUACAUGGAAAACUCUCCUGCCUACUUGUUUCCAGUCCAAGAGCCUCGCUCUGGAUUCCAAAAGUCGAGUUUCUAAACAAAAUUCUGAUAAGAGGCUAUCGCUUUCUGAUAUAAGUGAUUCCGGUUCCCUACUCUCUGCCAGUGACCUCUCUAACUCUAUUAUCGGAUCAAAUCUCCACAUUUUUACACUAACAGAACUCAAACUGAUUACUAAUGACUUUUCGUCAAGUAAUUUUCUUGGAGAAGGUGGUUUUGGACCAGUGCACAAAGGAUUCAUUGACGACAAGUUUAGGCCUGGGCUGAAGGCUCAGCCUGUUGCUGUCAAGUUACUCGAUCUGGAUGGCACCCAGGGUCAUCGAGAGUGGCUGACUGAAGUCAUCCUUCUUGGACAAUUGAGGCAUCCCCAUCUUGUGAAAUUGAUUGGAUAUUGUUGUGAGGAUGAACACAGGCUUCUUGUAUAUGAAUACAUGGCCAGAGGCAACCUCGAAAAUCAAUUAUUCAGAAGGUAUUCCGCUGCCUUGCCAUGGUUGACAAGGAUAAAAAUUGCAGUUGGUGCUGCAAAAGGCUUGGCGUUUCUUCACGGGGAAGAUCAACCAGUAAUAUACCGGGAUUUCAAGACUUCAAAUAUCCUAUUGGAUUUUGACCAUACUGCUAAGCUUUCAGAUUUUGGACUGGCCAAGGAUGGACCAGAAGGAGAUAACACACAUGUCUCAACACGUGUGAUGGGCACUCAUGGCUAUGCCGCUCCUGAGUAUGUCAUGACUGGUCAUUUGACAACGAUGAAUGAUAUAUACAGCUUUGGAGUUGUUCUAUUAGAGCUGAUGACAGGAAAAAGGGCAGUGGAUAAGAGCCGUCCAAGUAGAAAGCAAAACUUGGUAGAAUGGGCAAGGCCUCUUUUGAAGGAUUCCCGUAAUCUUGACAGAAUAAUGGACUCAAGACUCGAAGGUCAAUACUCAACUGAAGGCGCUAAGAAAGUGGCUGAACUGGCUUAUCAUUGUUUGAGCCACUCUCCCAAAUGCAGGCCAACAAUGAAUAAUGUGGUGAAAAUCUUGGAACUUGCCUUGGAGUUCAACAAUAUCCCAGUUGGGUCCUUUAUGUGUAUUGUUUCCCCGGAAGGCAAAAAGAAAGAGGGCGAUCUAAAGACAAAUGAAAAUGAUGAAAAUGUGGCCAAAUUGAAUGGGAAUGGAAAUCUAGGACGUCAAGAAAAGGAGGAAGUAAAGAAAAGGAAAGGUUAUAGGCACAGGCAUCGAAUCAGGUCUCGUGCUGUCUACUCUGAUACUGCUUUAUACAGAACUAUAAAGAACCAAAGAAAAUCUCCCAAUAACAAGGACCUCAGCCUGAGGAAUGCAAAUUGUCCUUAA